CAACAAACAACCCCUAAAAAAGCACACCCUCUGGCGAAAUUUCUGAGCCAAUUUUCUCUUGAGCAGGGGUCCUGUGUCCUUGGCGCUGCCUUCGCGUUUCAGACUCAGGACGACGACCACGACAACGACAACUUGAUUAAGGUUAAUGCCCCUAGCCGACCUUGGGGUGCGACACAGUUCGGGACUCGGGAACUCGGAACUCGCAAACGGGCAGCUCCGAACUCCGAACUCGGAACUCGGACCCCAUCGUCCUUACUUUCCCAUGGGUUCAAUGAACUUUUAGGGAACUCAUUAUGCUUUCCGAGUAUGCCAUGCCGUGUGGGUGGUACACCGGUACAACAUACAUCGAUAGGCUCUACCAAGUUGAUUGGCCAGGCCGAAACGGAACAGCCAGCUGGUGUGUAUAUCAUUUUAGGGCUCGUCCUCUAGAGCAGGGUCCUCCCCUUUCGCCCCGAAGCUCUCCACUGUUGCUCUGCAGCUGUUGUCGGGCGCUAUUUUUGGUGCAAGACGAACUUGCCGCCGUGCUUUUUGUCAGUCUGUCGCUGGCGUUGCUCCUGUCUGGACACCAUGAAUCAUCCAGUACUCUACUCGUAUUGGCGCAGCUCGUGCUCCUGGCGCGUGCGCAUUGCGAUGAAUUUGAAGGAGAUACCCUACGACAUCAAGCCGAUCAGUCUGAUCAAAUCCGGCGGCGAGCAGCAUUGCAAUGAGUAUCGCGAGGUGAAUCCCAUGGAGCAGGUGCCUGCCUUACAGAUUGAUGGACACACCCUCAUCGAGUCGGUGGCCAUAAUGCACUACCUGGAGGAGACCCGCCCCCAGCGACCCCUCCUCCCGCAGGAUGUCCACAAGAGGGCCAAGGUCCGCGAAAUCGUCGAGAUUAUCUGCUCGGGCAUCCAGCCCCUGCAGAACCUCAUCGUGCUCAUCCACGUGGGCGAGGAGAAGAAGAAGGAGUGGGCCCAGCACUGGAUCACACGUGGCUUCCGGGCGGUGGAGAAGGCUCUCUCCACCUCCGCCGGCAAGUACUGCGUGGGCGACGAGAUCUCCAUGGCCGACUGCUGCCUAGUACCUCAGGUUUUCAACGCCCGAAGAUUCCACGUGGACUUGCGUCCCUAUCCCAUCAUACUGCGCAUCGACCGCGAACUGGAGAGCAAUCCGGCCUUCCGGGCGGCCCAUCCCUCCAAUCAACCGGACUGUCCGCCGGAGCUGCCCAACAAAUAGAAUUUUGCGACGCCAACUGCAAAGCGCCGUAAGACGAAGAAGUGAAUUGCAGUUCGUAACCCAGGCACAAGACAAACUACUAAGAACUUAAAUCUGAUCGGUGGGCAGGCUGGAUGAUGGGCGAGGGCGUAAGGAUUGGACAGAUUGAACGGAUGGCAAGGACUCCAUUAAGCAGAAACAGUCGGAUGUGAUUUAAGAAAUUGCUAACAGCAUUUAAAUAUGCAUAAAUGCAUAAAAAUACUAUGUUUAACAAUAUGAAAUUCCAACACGAAAUUCAAAUGCAAAAUUCUCAGUAACGGAACGAAAACGAAAAAAAAAUUUAAAAAAUAAAUUCUUCAGAUUUCUCUAGUUUGUCAUUGUGAACAUGAUCUUAAAGAUGAACUCAUAUAUAUUAAAUGUAACUUA